AUGAAGAUAAACCCGAUCAAAUGCAUUUUUGGAGUCGAAUCAGCGAAGUUCUUAGGUCAUAUUGUUUCGCGGAAAGGCAUAGAGGUGGACCCAAUUAAGGUGCAGGCAAUAUUAGAGAUGUCGUCACCAGCAACCAUAAAGGACGUGCAAAAGUUGAACGGACAGUUGACAGCGUUGGGGAGGUUCAUCUCAAGAUCAUCAGACAAAUGCAAACACUUCUUUGACAUCUUAAAGAAGGGGGUGAAGUUUGCAUGUACGCAGGAAUGCGAGGAAGCAUUGAAGAAAAUCAAAGAGAACCUUAUCAAACUGUCAAUCUUGCAAAAACCAGAACCAGGGGAGGAGUUGCUGAUCUGUCUCACGGUAACACCAAAUGAUCUUAGUACGAUUUUACUUCGCACAGAUGAGGGGGUGGAAAAACCCAUUUUUUACGUCAGCAAAACUUUUAAUCCUGCUGAGAGAAAUUACCCAAAGAUCGAAGUUGAUAUUGGCAUUGUUCAUCAGUUUCAAGAAAAACCUAGCUGGCUUAUGAUGAUUUUAAGUUGGCAGAGAAGUAGUUUCAAAUGCAGGGCAUGUGUUUCUCACGACGCACCAUUUGCUACAGCACUAGGACCUUGUAUACUGAACUCACUACUUCCUAUUCCUAACGUACCAAAUAAUGAAGAUGAAGAUAGUGAUUUAACAAUUACUUCCACUGGUUCUAGGUUUGCAGUCAUGGAUAUCAACAAUUGGAUGACCUCAACGAAUUCACACAUCGUUGUAGAGUUUCUUGCUGAGUUUCCUUCAGAGGAAGACGAAGGAAUAGAAGAAAUGAUCGACGUUGACGAAAGCCGGCCAGAUCCUAAAGAUUUACUACAGGAAUGUAACCACAGAAGAUGGGAGAUCUUCGUUGAUGGAUCUUCAAAUAGCUUCGAAGGAGGCAUGGUAAUAGUAUUCACUUCGCCCGCAGGGGUCAGAAUUGUAUUUUGCUUCCGAUUGGAGUACAAGGUAACUAAUAAUGAAGCUGAAUAUGAAGCGGUGAUACAAGAUUUAAGGAUCGCGAUCGAAAUGGGACUGGACGACGUAAGAAUUACUAGCGAUUCACAGUUGGUAAUUCGCCAAAUUGAAGGAAGGUAUAAUGCGGUUGAUCCGGACCCGAAAGUGGGGUAUAUCCGGAUCGAAAGGUUGAUGCAGCCACCAGUGAGCAGGGAAGAGAAGGAACUUAGGGUUAUGAUCAUUGAAGAAGGAGAUGUGGAGGUAGAUGACAUCGAUUGGCGAGCCCAUGUAUAUAACUAUCUGACGAGAGGAGAUCUUCCGCGAGAUAGGCAGGAGGCAAACAAGAUUAAAAGCAAAGCCACGAAUUAUGAGCAAUUCGAAGGGGAGAAUGUGAGAAUGUUAUUCAACGCCUUUAAGAUCCAAUUUGGGAAGUUGACUCCGCUAUACCCACAGAAUAACGGGCAAGCGGAGGCCACGAACAAGACAUUAGCGUCCACGCUGAAGAAGAAGUUGGAAGGACACCAUAAAGGAUGGUGUGAGCAAAUCCCAAACAUUUUAUGGUCUUAUAGAACCAUUAGACGUGACGCCACAGGAAUGUCCCCCUUUUGUUUGACAUAUGGAAUGGAGACAGUCUUGCCAGCGGAGGCCAUUCUCCUGACAACCAGAAGAGAAGCGUGGGAAAAGGGGCUAAACUCAGAUUUAAUACUCGCAAAAUUGGAUGACCUCGAAGAAAACAGAGUGCGUUACAGCAUAUGA